UAAAGGAUCGGCGCCAAAAUAGAAUGCUGGGGGAAGGAUUUCUCUGUCUCCUCAGGCGGCCCGUGGCGGUACGGUGCUCUGCGCGGGACAAGAGCCCUUGCAAGUGGCGGCUGUUGCUGCGGGAGGUUGGCGUUAUCGUUUCGUUCUCUCAUCGCCAGGGCUGUGUGACUGGGCCGCUUAGCAGGGCUCCUCUCUGCUUCCCCAGGCCCUGUGGAGAGGAGGCGGGGGCCGGGUCUUCUGCAGCGCCUUCGAGGUCAGUUUGCCGUCGCGUCUCUGAACUGAUGCCUGCGGAGCGAGAUGAGUAGGGACCUCAGAGGCAGGGGAUGCGCCCGGGGAAGAGGCUUUCAGGGGUGGCGAGGAGGAUGGCGAGGCGGAUGGCGAGGCAGAGAACAGAAAAGAGAGUGGAGAAGAAUGCCCGAACCUGUAAGAUCUCGACUAGUUCAAUCAACACUAGACCAGUUUAUUCCGUAUAAGGGCUGGAAGCUUUAUUUCUCUGAAGCUUAUGCUGACAAGUCUCCUUUUGUCCUGAAGACUCAAGCCUUCGAAAAGUUCUUCAUGCAACGCAUUGAGCUUUAUGAUAAGGAUGAAAUAGAAAGAAAAGGAAGUAUUCUUGUGGAUUAUAAGGAACUGAUACAAGAUAGAGAAUUAACUAAAUCGAUACCAAAUAUAUCUACUGAAUUAAGGGAUAUGCCUCAGAAAAUACUGCACUGUAUGGGUCUGGCAAUUCAUCAGGUGCUAACGAAGGACCUUGAAAGGCAUGCUGCAGAGCUGCAGGUGCAGGAAGGAUUACCACUUAAUGGAGAACCUAUAAUAAAUGUGCCUCUCAUUCAUGCUAGGGUAUACAACUAUGAUCCUUUAACUCAGCUGAAAAAUGUUCGGGCCAACUGCUAUGGAAAAUAUAUUGCCUUGCGUGGUACUGUUGUGCGUGUCAGUAACAUUAAGCCUCUCUGCACUAAGCUAGCUUUUGUCUGUGGCAAAUGUGGAGAUGUUCAGAGUGUUCCUCUACCUGAUGGAAAGUACACUCUUCCAAGUAAGUGCCUUGUUCCUGAGUGCCGUGGCCGGACCUUCACAGCUGACAGAAGCUCUCCUUUAACCACUACAGUGGACUGGCAGUCUGUUAAGGUGCAGGAGCUCAUGUCAGAUGAUCAGCGAGAAGCAGGCCGAAUCCCUCGCACAAUUGAAUGUGAACUGGUUCAAGAUCUUGUGGACAGCUGUGUCCCAGGAGAUAUGGUCACAAUUACGGGGAUAGUAAAGGUGUUGAACACUGAGGAAGGAGCUUCCAAAAAUAAGAAUGACAAGUGUAUGUUCUUGUUGUACAUUGAGGCAAAUUCUGUCAGCAACAGUAAAGGACAAAAACCAAAGAAUUUUGAUGAUGAUACUUUCCAAAGAUCGUUCAUGGAGUUUUCACUUAAAGACCUCUAUGCUGUUCAAGAAAUUCAAGCUGAGGAAAACCUGUUCAGGCUCAUUGUGAACUCUCUUUGUCCUGCAAUCUAUGGUCACGAGAUAGUAAAGGCAGGUUUGGCCCUGGCGUUGUUUGGAGGAUGUCAGAAGUUUGUAGAUGACAAGAACAGAAUCCCGGUGCGAGGAGAUCCACAUGUUCUGGUCGUUGGAGAUCCAGGAUUAGGAAAAAGUCAAAUGUUGCAAGCAGUGUGUAAUGUUGCUCCUCGAGGUGUGUAUGUUUGUGGUAAUACUUCUACCAGCUCUGGCCUGACUGUUACACUGUCUAGAGAUGGCAGUUCUGGAGAUUUUGCCUUGGAAGCUGGUGCUUUAGUGCUUGGAGAUCAAGGUAUUUGUGGAAUAGAUGAAUUUGAUAAGAUGGGAAACCAGCAUCAGGCUUUGUUGGAAGCCAUGGAACAGCAAAGUAUCAGUCUUGCCAAGGCUGGCGUUGUUUGCAGUUUGCCAGCUCGGACGUCUAUUGUUGCUGCAGCAAACCCAGUUGGAGGACAUUAUAACAAAGCCAAAACAGUGUCUGAGAACUUAAAAAUGGGGAGUGCUUUACUGUCGAGAUUUGACUUAGUUUUCAUUUUGCUGGACACCCCAAAUGAAGAUCACGAUCACUUGCUGUCUGAGCAUGUGAUGGCAAUCCGAGCCGGAAAGCGGGCAGCAUCCAGCAGCGCUGUUGUGACUCGUACCAACAUGCAGGAUUGCUCUGUUCUUGAAGUUGUUUCAGAUCGACCACUGCUUGAAAGACUAAAGAUCUUACCAGGAGAAAACUUUGAUGCUAUUCCACAUCAGUUGCUGAGGAAGUAUGUUGGAUAUGCUCGGCAGUAUGUUCAUCCAAAUUUAUCUCCAGAAGCUGCUCAGGUCCUCCAGGAAUUCUACCUUGAGCUUCGGAAACAGAAUCAAGGAGUAGACAGCACACCAAUCACCACACGGCAGCUAGAGUCGCUCAUUCGACUUACAGAGGCACGGUCAAGGCUGGAAUUAAGAGAGAAAUCUACCAAGGAAGAUGCUGAGGAUGUAAUAGAAAUAAUGAAAUAUAGCAUGCUCGGAACCUACUCUGAUGAGUUUGGAAAACUGGACUUUGAACGUUCACAGCAUGGGUCUGGGAUGAGCAAUCGGUCACAAGCAAAAAGAUUUGUUUCUGCCCUUAACAGUAUUGCAGAGACAACUUACAACAAUCUCUUUGACUUGCAACAGCUUCGACAGAUUGCAAAGGAGCUACAAAUACGAAUCAGCACUACCAACAAGUUGGUGUGCAACAAUAUUUGUCCUCUGUACAAUCUUCCACCGUGUGGAUCGUGUCCACCUAACUUCAUCUGGAUCUUUGGAUGACUGCUUAUUGUCCACAUCAUCAUAAAUCAUCUCUCCAGCAUGGCUAAUUCCCUCUGGUACUGAAUACCCCUCUCUGCUGUGCUCCACUUGCCUGGAUGACAUAUGUCAUAUUGAAGGGAUACCUUUCCUUCACACCUGACAGGAUCAGUCCCUAGAGGCUGAAGGCUUGUGCCCUUUUUCCAAUGGCUUUCCCUAGAAAGGGAUCCCAGCUGCUUGGCUUCCCUACCCUCCAGUUCCAGGCUACUGGCCUCAUUAUCCCAGCAUCAGAGCAGCCAGGUGCCAAUGUGCUCAUCUGGAUGACCACUGAAGUCUUUCUGCAUGCCUUGCAGCUCACUUGGGGAUAGGGAUCAGGUGGUUACAGUCUCAUUUAUGGGUUGUACCUUUUUUCCUGUUGGCCCUGCAUUUUUAUCAUCCCAUACUAAAUAAGAUGACUUGUACUUCCAAAAUGUCUUCAUGUGUACAGGGGUGACUGAUACCAGCAUGGGCUGGUUCUGUGGUUCAGCUGCAGUGCCUGCUGCUUUGUCAUCAGGUCCAGAGGCCUUCUCUUCCCAGUGGGGGUACUGAAUAGGAUGCAUAGACAUGGGCCAGGCCCCAACACCUUGCAGGGAUUUGUGUGUCUCUGGAUGUGCCAGGGUGACAGCAUACUUCUUCCAAAUACUCUACUAAUUUCAGGAUUCUGCACUUGUUUGGAGGUGAAGUUGCAAAACACUGGAGGUGUCCACCAUCCUGGGUACUUGCACAUACAAUCCCACAUACCCUACCACUCAUAGGUAUCCAGCCUCAGGGCAGAUCUCUGGCUGGUAUUCUUAUAUAGCUGUUUAAACAAGACCUGAAAUACAAUCAGGAGUAGGAGUAGCAGGAACAUGCUGCUCCCAGCUGUGAUAAACAGCACAACAAGGACCAUAUACUGCAAGUAAGGUGUUACAGAACACAACCCUGAGAGCAAGCACAAUGCUGACAGCAAAUGAAUCAACACUGUGACCAGAGACUAUCAAAUUAAUACAAAUGUUUAAGAAUAAAAUUGUUCUGAUGUGCUCUGGUCAGAUUUGUCAUUAUCCCAAUCUGUUGAGCCCCACGCUGUGCAACAGAAAGGACUUGUGAUUUAACCCUAACCAGUGACUGAGCCCCACCCCCCCCUGGUGGGAAAGAGUAGAAGUGAGAAAACUCUUGAGAAAAAACCAGUUUAAUAAUUGAAAUAAUGAUUUGUAUAAUCUUUUAUUAAGUGAUGCCUGAUGCCAUUGCUCACUACCUGCAGGAGUCCCUGAGGAGUGUGUUGUUCCCCCUGCCCCAGCUUUUCCCUAGUUUAUACACUGAGCAUGAUGCCAUAUGGUAUGGAGUAUCCCUCUGGUCAGUUUGGAUCAGCUGUCCUGGCUGUGUCCCCUCCCAGCUUCUUGUGCAUUUCCAGCCUUCUCAGGCAGUAGAGCAUGAGAAGCCAAAAAGUCCUUGACUGGUGCAAGCACUACUUAGCAACAACUAUGCCAUCUGUGUGUUAGCAACAUUACUCUCAUACUAAAUCUAAAACCACCUACUACUAGGAAGAAAAUUAACUACCCAAGCUGAAACCAGAAUGCUGUGUAUCUCUGUUCCUGCCACAGAAGAAUGUGUGUGCAGUUAAGUGCUGAAUGUUUCCUGACUUUUAUGAAAUUAAAAUCAUGGUCUAGUGCAAUAAGAUGGCAGAUGAGAAGCAUUCAGUGUUUGGAAAAAAAAAUUCAAGAAUACAUUGUUGAUACUUCUGUUUUCCCCUUUUCACUUUGCCUAUGAUAUGUAAAUUGCAAGGUAAGAAAAUAAGCUUCAGUAUUUCUGCCUUUUUUUGUUAAGUGACGCAAGGAUCUGAUCUACAGCGUGCUUCCACAGCAAUUUUUGUAUGAAAAUACAAGCUUUAUAGAUUUGAAAGAACACGCUACGCUGCUCAGUGCUGCCUCAGUGUGACCCUACUUCAGUAUACUUGAAGUUGAAAACUAAUUUGAGUGAUGAGAUGCCUAAGAGAAAACUAAGAAAUUAUAGCUCUACAUCUGAACUCAAGUGGCAAGCAGUCUGCUCUUCCCAAGUUUUGCUUGGGUAACUGUGGUUAACAGCUUUUUAUUAAAGUAUGAACUGUCAGUCUGCGUGGGCAUAUGGUAGUUGUCAUCUGUCUGUGAGGGUUAGGGUCUGGGCAGCAGAGAAGACACCUUCUCGCAAAUUGGGAGUUAAUCCUAUAUAAGGGUGCAACCUACUGUAUCAACUAAUGGGAAUUAGGUGUUAUGCAUUGAUUUUAAUCUUUGCCAACAGAUUAAUGCAGGGUUUGUUGUGGGUUUCUUAAUUUUAUUUUCCACACAUAAGAAAUCAUCUCAGACUUGCAUAAUAUAACCAGGACAUAAUGGGUAGAGAACAGAACUGGAAUUUCAGAAGCAGGGUUCCACCUCUCCUUCUCUGGAAUUCUGGGGCCUGUGCUCAGAACCACAGAAUGGCAGAUGUGGGAAGGGACCCACCCCCCUGCUCAAGCAGGGCCACCUAGAGACAGGUGCCCAGGUCUGUGUCCAGGUCGGGGUUGAGUAUCUCUGCAGCUGGAGACUGCAUCCUCUAUUCUGCAGCAGUGCUUUCCAGUCAGUAGGCCACCAGCAUGUACUGGGACCUGGGCUAUCCCUCCCCAGGUGCAGGACUCUGCACUUCCCCUUGCUGAGCUUCACGGGGUUCCUGUCAGACCAAUUUUCCUGCCUGUUGAGGUCCCUCUGACAGGCAGCAUGACCCUCUGGUAUAUCAGCCACUCCUGCUUUUGUAUCAUCUGUGAACUUGCUGACAGUGCACCCUGUCCCAGCAUCCGGGUCAGGUUCUUCUACUCCAGCCUUCACCCUCCCCACAGUUAAAAUUCAAAAAAGAAGAUAAAAAGCUGCUACCUCUAAAUUGAUGUGAUAAAGGAAUUAAUAGAUUAACAAGGUCAUACACAUUUUAGCUAAUCUUUCUCCAUUCUUUCAGACAACUGUGGAAGAGGUAGAGUUAAAUAUACUAUGUGUGACUACUUGGGUUUUUUAAGACUACCUUUGUCCUGUCAGUGUUGACUACUGUGUGUGAAACUGAUUGAACACUGGGGGUCAAGCCUUAUAUGCGUGAUAAACUGAUGCCAGAAAUAUGAAAAAUAACAAUGUCUCUUAG